AUGAUGACGAAAAGAAUAUCUUCUAUGAAUGAUAGUAAUCGUAGUACGGAUACAACCUCAGUAGUAGUAUCGUCGCCAUUACCAACAGAAGCAGUAGAAAAAGUGACGUUAUUAGCUGAUGAAUCAAGUCAAAAGAAAUGGAAGAAUUGGUGGCUAAGAACGACGACUACCUUUAUGAUGAUCGGUGCCUUUUUCGCAAUCCUGGCUUCAGGACAUAUUUGGGUUAUUUUGAUGGUGAUCGCUAUCUCCACAAGUGUUUAUAACGAAGUACUUCAAAUUGCUCAGGUGCCUGCAAAAGACAGUAGUUUCAAGUGGUUUAAAACAAUGAGCUGGUAUUUUUUAGUAACGACUGCUUACUUUUUGUACGGUGAAUCCAUCAUCUAUUACUUCCAACAUGUAGUACUCGUGGAUCGAGUUUUAUUACCGUUUGCAACACACCAUCGAUUUAUCAGCUUUGUCCUCUAUGUUAUUGGAUUUGUCUUCUUUGUGAUGAAUCUGCAAACGGGACAGUACAAACGACAAUUCCGUCAAUUUGGGUGGAUGCAUAUGGCCCUCUUAUUGAUUGUUUUCCAAAGCCACUUCAUCGUCAACAAUAUUCUCGAAGGCUUGAUCUGGUUUUUCUUACCAGCCUCCUUGGUGAUUUGCAACGAUAUAUUUGCUUACGUGUGUGGAUUUUUUUGGGGCAAGCAUCAGUUGAUUCAACUAAGCCCCAAGAAAACAAUUGAAGGAUUUGUAGGCGCAUGGUUCUGUACCUUGAUUUUUGGCUUUUUGUGGUCAACGCUUUUAAUGAGAUUUAACUAUCUGAUAUGUCCCGUUAAGGAUUUAUCCAUGUCUGCUUGGUCUAAUACUGAAUGUAAUCCAAUCAACCCCGUAUUUACAGCCAUUCCAUUCAACUUACCAACAUUUUUAACGGCAUUAUUGAAAACUGCAUUUAACAGGAACGUAACAAAGAUUUGGAUUGCACCCAUUCAACUGCAUUCUAUUGCAAUGGCCUGUUUCGCAUCAUUAAUAGCGCCAUUUGGAGGUUUCUUUGCUAGCGGGGUGAAGCGCGCAUUCAAUGUAAAGGAUUUUGGGCAAAGUAUACCAGGACACGGAGGAAUGACAGAUAGAAUGGACUGCCAAUUUCUGAUGGGAUUCUUUUCCUAUAUCUAUUACCAAAGCUUUAUAAAGACGUAUAAUUUGAGCAUAGGAAGUAUCCUCGCUGCUGUCAUCAAUAAUCUUACAUUAGGUGAGCAAUUGGAACUAUCAGAACGUAUCUUAACUUAUCUAGUCAAUCAAGGACUGGUCGAUGCUGGUGUUCUUCAUAAAUGUGGUCCAAGCGCAUUGACUACAGCUGGUCUCCAAAUCUUGAAUAACUACGCAAAUAACACAUUACACUAG